CUCCCCCGCGCGGGGGGGUUGGGGGGAGUUUGGGAGGCGGAGGCGUGGCGAGCAGUCUCAGCCUGGGGCCGCCGGGCGUGCUGGGGUCAUCCCUGGAGCUGUUGGGGGGCGGCCGGUCGCUGCUGCGGGGAAUGUCGCCCCCGCACGGCCGACCGGGGAGCAGCGGAGGACCGGGACUGGUGGGGUCUAGCGUGCAGUCCCUCCGAACCAACAUGGGAAGUCCCUCUUUGGGGCCCUCACGAUUCGCCACUGCUGCUGGCGCCGGCGGCAGCGUCGGGGGGCCUAACGGAGGAGGGAGGUUCCUGUACGGCAGCCUCGGCGGAGGCGGGGGCUUGGCCAGCUCCGGCGCAUUCGGCAGUUUUGAGGAGCUCCUAGCUGCUGCGGCGGCCGCUGCCGGCGAGGGGGGUGCUCCAGCAGGUGGUGGAGGUGGUGGUGGAGGUGGGAGUGGCCAGCUGCUGCCUCCGGUGUUGGAGUUCCACAGUCGCACUGCGGAACUGUCGAUGAAGGUGGACGCCAUCGAGCAGGACCUCAGGCUGGAGCGCAGCAAGACCGAGGAAAUGCGGCGCAUUCUAGCGGACAUUCGCGAACGACUCAACCACCAACGGUCACCAACCGUUAUCGGCGCCGGCGGCACCCCCUCCCCCGGCCUUUCCCCCGCCGACUCCCUUACCUUCCCCGCCGCCGUCUCCGCAGCUGCUGCUGCUGCUUCCGGCUCUGGUCCUAUUAACUACUCUCUUGCCAGCGGUCUAGCUGCUGCUGCUGCUGGCGGCGGCGGCGGCAGUUUCCGUGUGUCUAGUUCGGGUGGUGGUGGUGGCGGUGGUGGCGGUGGCGGUGGUGGGAGGUACGGCAGCAGUGCUGCGGGCGUUCGUUUGGGUGGCCAACAGCAGCCCCAGCAGCCCCAUCAGUAUCCGCUUUCCUCCUCUUCCCUGGAGUAUCCGCACUCUCCGGCCAAGGUCCGAGUCUACGUUGAUGAGGACGCCAUUCGGGAGCAGGAGCGGCAGCGUGCCGUGGAGGUGCUGGCACGGCAGGCGGAGCGACUCAAGCAGCAGAUGCUGCGGGAGCAUGCGGAGCGCCGGCUCGCCACCUCCGCCGCCACCGCAGCAGCCUCCAUGCAGCUGCAAACCCUAGGUGCAGGAGCAGGAGGUGGUGGUGGUGGAAGCGGCGGAGGCGCAGGCGGAGGUGGUGGUGGUGGGCAUGUACGCCGCAGUCGGGAUCCGUCCCGAUCUUCGAAUAACAGAGGAGCAACAGUUGGCGGCGGUGGUGGUGGAGGCGGUGGUGGUUCCCGUCGGACGACCCGGCAUCGGGCAACAGCUUCCGCCAAUUACAGCUCGGACCCGGAUUACGCGCUGCUAGCAGCCAGUGCUGCCGGUGUAGGGCCGGGUUUGGGAAUGGGCUAUGGAAGCUUCGGGAACGGAGUCGGUGACCCACGGGUCAGCCGGCCGCCUAAACCUGGUGGAGGAGGCGGUGGCGGAGGUGGAGGCGGGCCGGUGUCACGGGUAGCGAUGUCUUCCGGGGUCUCCAUGUCAUCGGGCGUGACGUCAUCAUCCGUACCGGCAGCGGCAGCGGUGGGGGGAUCACCUGGGCAGGCUGCUGCAGCAGGAGGAGGCGGAGGAGUGGGAGGGAGGCAGCUGGGCGGCAGCAGGUUCAACCCGCUAACGGAGAGCGCGGAAGAUGCCAUGGCGCUGCCGCCUCCCUCCAUGUUCGCAUCAACCGACUCCAUGCAUGCAACAGCUGCUGCGGCGGGAACGGGUUCAGCAGCACCCUCCCGGCCCCAUUCCGCUUCGGCAGCCACAGGAGCACCAACCUCCUCCUCCCCCUCAGCACCA